GCCACAGGCAGCAUCCCCAUCACAGUGCGGCACAUCGAGUCCAUGAUCCGCAUGGCAGAGGCCCAUGCGCGCAUCCACCUGCGGGACUACGUGAUCGAGGAUGAUGUCAGCAUGGCCAUCCGCGUGAUGCUGGAGAGCUUCAUUGACACGCAAAAGUUCAGCGUCAUGCGCAGCAUGAGGAAGACUUUUGCCCGCUACCUUUCAUUCCGGCGUGACAACAAUGAGCUGCUGCUCUUCAUCCUGAAGCAGUUAGUGGCAGAACAGGUGACGUACCAGCGCAACCGCUUUGGGGCCCAGCAGGACACUAUCGAAGUGCCUGAGAAGGACUUGGUGGACAAGGCUCGUCAGAUCAACAUCCACAACCUGUCUGCUUUUUAUGACAGUGAGCUCUUCAGGAUGAACAGGUUCAGUCAUGACCUGAAACGGAAAAUGAUCCUCCAGCAGUUCUGAGGCUCGGGGCCAUCCACAGUAGCUCGCUGAGAUGCUGGUGGGGCUGACUCCACACUCUCAGGCUCACAAAACCCAACUGCUGAGGGAUUCGGAGAGGGCGUGCGGGUCCCAGGGCUGAACCAUCUAGCUCCCCCCACCGUUUGCUGGGCUCAGGCUGGGCUGGGAACGAGGCUGUUUCUUUCUUCAGCUCCACUUACUGCUCCUCAUGCCAUCUUGGGUGGGCUCGCUUUGCCAGUGUUCCUCUUUCCCCUGCUUGGCAGCCCACCGCCUACGGAAGGUUGGUCUCCACUUUGUUCCUUGGACCAGAGUCCCUUGUGUUCAGGGUACUGCGGUCCGUUUUAGAUGACCGAGCAUAUGAGGGUGUUACGAGAACUUGUUGCCCUCUUGGUGUGAGUUCCGGUCCUGGAUGCUUCUACCGCUUUGGCCGAAGAGCAAGUUCAAGGUAUUCGUAGUGUUUUUCUGAACUCUGUCCUGCAGGUUUCUCUGGGAUUCUGUGAGUAGAGAAAAUGUGGGCAGAAGAGCACACAUGUGGCCCAGUGCCCUCCCCACCCCCAAGGCCAGGGAUUGCUGUGGUCGCGAGAUGGGAAUGAGGCUUAUUCUUGGUACCAGUUGUGCCUAGCAAGGACUGGUUGUCACCAUUGCUGUGCUCCUUUGUUUUCUCCUGCUAGCCACUCCCCGUCCUCUCGUUGUACAUUCAGUUUUUGUUCCUGUAGUUUUUAUUUUUAAUAAAAUCUAAAUAAUGGUG